AUGGAUUCCUCGGAUCCCCAGCAUUUGGCAGAUGGACAGGCUGUACGGGCUGUGGAAAGCUUGGAAGCUGCCAGGCGUAUAGACAACUUUUUGUCAGCUCAUUCUCAAGGCAAGCUUCCGGCUCAUCUUGCGCAUCUACAAAGUGUCAAGUGGGCCACGGUUACAAGCAAAGACGGGCUGCCUUAUCUUUGUGGAACCAAGUGUAAAAAUCCAACGGAAGAGAUCGCUGGCGCACCCCCAAACAUCGAAGCAAGCGACCUCAGCCCGCAGACGAGGACGGCGAACAACCCCUUACCGAAAGACAUCGCUAUCUUCUGGGAUGUGCAAAAGAAAGGCUUGUUCGACCCAGACCCGAAGUUUCUACCUGCAGAAAAGGAAGCACAAGACAUCGGCUUGAAAGAUCACAGGAUCAUGGAUUUGGGGCCACUCCUGCCCUAUGAGUUGGAUUUUCAUAAUACCUCUGGUUGGUUUUUCAGGUUCAAGAAUGCUACUGGGGACUUUUGGGACAUUAUUACUGUUCUAAAAUGCGAACACUGCAUCCUUUACUAUUCUGAUAGUCCGAAUCUCAGAUGGGUCACAAAUCGGGUGGUAUGA